UAGUUCCGGCUUUCCAUACCUGACGCAUUUAAACAGAACUUUAGAAGUACACAAAAUGGCUAGAGUCGUUCCCACACAGGACUCAUUUGGAACCCUUAAAGAUGGCACACCUGUCACCAGAUUUAGUUUCACCAAUCAAAAUAACGUGACCAUCCGUGUAAUCAAUUUUGGAGCUACAAUAACUGAUAUUCUUCUUCCUGACAAAAACGGAAAAAUUGAGGAUAUUAGUCUAGGUUUUGAUACGGCACAAGAUUACGAAUCCCAGCACUCUUACAUCGGUGCAGCUCUUGGGCGCGUGACAGAGAGGAUAAAAGGCGCGAAAUUCAAAAUUGAUGGAACAGAAUACAAAGUGUCUGCUAAUGACAACAAAAAGCACCAGGUUCAUGGCGGGAAAUUUGGUUUUGACAUGAAAAUGUUCGAGUCCUCAGUUGACGGAGACACGGUUACGAUGAAGUAUACCAGCCCUGAUGGUGAGGAGGGUUUCCCAGGGGAGAUUACUGCGGUGUUCACCUUCCGGUUCACCCAGGACAAUGAGUUAAUUCUGGGAUACACUGCCACCACUACCAAACCGACGCCCGUCAACCUAUCAAACCAUGUGUAUUUUAACCUUGCUGGCCAUGGAGCGGGUAAGGUUGGUGACCAUGUUCUGACCGUAAACUCGGACCGCCACAUUCCGCUGGACAACGAACUGGUACCUCAUGGAGAUGGGACAAUCUCCAACGUAAAGGGCACACCGUUUGAUUUUACCAUUCCCUCGCAACUGAGGGACAGAAUGAAAGAUGUAUUAGUUUCCAACUACGUUUUUGGCGAACACGGGAAAAGAAAACACGUUGCAAAACUUGAACUUCCGGUCAAUGGUCGGACUGUAGACUGUUAUACAACAGAGCCCUGUAUGGAGACCUAUUUCUCCUGUGCGAUGAGGAACAUGACUGGCAAAAAUGGCGCCUCCUACGGUGCCUUUGAAAAUGGCGGCAUCUGUCUAAUUCCCAUGCAGUAUUCUAGUGCUGUUAACAUGCCCAAUUUUCCUAGCAUGGUACUCCAACCAGGACAAACAUACACACAGACAACGUCAUACAAAUUUGGUUUAUAGCUUCACAAUUAACUCAGAAAAUACACAAAGUUGCAUUAAAUCAUACUUUAUAUAUACAUUUAUUUAGGUUGUGCCUUGGGGUCG